AUGAAUUAGAUUAAUUUCAGUCGCGGAGCUUGCGUCAUGCUAUUUUAAAAGUGCAACUGCACGUAGUUACGAUGUUGCAACUAUGGCGGACCAUAACCCUCGCACGCUCGUCUUACUGAUACUUCUCAUUAUCUACUUCACUAGCACUCCGGAGACUCAGCAUACGACCGCAUUGUUCCGCUUGAACAGUACUGAAAUAGUCGCGAAAGAGUACUCAGAGCUCUCGGUCCUAAAUUCCACACAUCACGGCGAUUUUGAUCCUGUACAAGAAAAAUGGCUUGGCAUGCCUGGGCUGCGUAAAGAGGAUGGAUUUGAGUGGAGCCUGUUCAGAGGUGUGAGAGAAAAAGCAUACCAGCAAGCUACCUAUAUCUUGGGAGAUAGAGUCAGAGGUGCUCUCGGAAAUGGCUUGCUAGCGGAGCAGCGCCCCAUACUGUACAAGAAUACAACAGGGUCUAUCUAUGGAGAUUGGAAGCGUUCCGACAUAGGAAAAGAAAUUGAGCACAAACCUGUGAAUCUGUCUGCGACAGCUCCGGACUACUACUGGGUGAAUGGAUAUGACCGUAAUAUGAGUUCAUCAUAUGGUGGUACCAUUGAAAUCGAGUUCACUGAGCUUGAUACUGACAGAACGGCCCGGAAUGGCUCAGUAAGAGAGAUAUCUGCUCAAAUCGAAGUUGAAGAUGUCAGCGGUCUGAAUGCUCAAUGGACAGCUAUAUUACACGGAAUUCACUAUGUCAAUUCAGGUCAUGUCUUGCUUACAACUACCAGUGAAAAAUUUGCAGGCAUCUUUGCUUUACCACAUAUGGCUUUGACGAACAACAUGUUUGCGAUGGCCCAAGAUCUGCUCAAUGAUACCAUUCAUCGAGAGAUUCAGAAGCAUUCUGGGUCUCUGAAACAUCGUGCUUUCAUUGACCCCAAUCCAUGGUCUUCAGUACCUGGAAAGGUCGACGAGGAAGGCCUGUCUAGUCCUCACUGCGAGUACGUUCUAUAUCUUCAACAACACCUAGUGGAGGAUCAAGAUGUCGAAAUAGACUAUCUCGACUUUGUAGAGACUGAAUUGCGUUAUCCAACCGGAGCUCAGCUCAAGCAAACACCGAAGCUAGUGUAUUCUAUGGUAGCCUUUUCGCCAGAUUGUGGCUUCGUCAUCGAGUCGAAGGGAGCCCCAGAUACAUUCACCGCCUCGAGUAAUCACCUACAAGGCUAUAAAAAGGAGGCGCGAAUAUUGGCAUUCCGACACGUCGUUGAAUUCCUGGCAUGCAUUUUCGUCGCUCAAGUCUUCUUCCUUCUGAGACAAAUGAAGGACACAUCUACGCCUUCAACGCGCCAUCGUGUCAGCUACUAUAGCAUUUGGAUAAUUGCCAUGGGUGACGCCUUCUGGUCCAUGUGCCUUCUACUAUUCGGACUCGUACAUGGCUCGUUGUUCUACACGACGUUUGCGACCUUUUUCCUCGGCUUUGCAUCGGUCUUACAUCUUAGCGUUCGAUUCAUACUAGACAUCUGGAGUGUCCAGUAUACGGAACGUCUGAGGCAAGAGAGACAAGAAAGAAACAGCAGGCCGGUGACUGCCGACAUUCCCAGUCAAGACAUGCAGAACGCAGAGGGACUACCUUUACCAGGUACUACAGUGCAAGACACAGGCGCAACACCUAUUGUUCUUCCUUCUGACCAAGAUGUUACUGCGGAGGCGCAAGUUCCGAGCAAUCCCACGACGGCAGAAAGCGCAGAUGCAAAUCGCCAGUUUAUGUACAUGCAAUUCGUUCUUUCGAUGCUUGUCUUGUUCAUUCUUACUGCAUUUGCACUCAGCUGGCCAUCAAUCUUCCGCAACGCAUUUUUGAAUAUUCUCAACUUUGCAUACUUAUCCUUUUGGUGCCCCCAGAUCCAUCGAAACGUCGUCCGCAAUUGCCGGAAGGCUUUGAGAUGGGACUUCAUCAUUAGCCAGAGCGCCCUGCGUCUGAUACCUAUCAGUUAUUUCUAUGUUGUGAAAGACAAUGUACUAUUUUCGACAAAAGAUAUACAUAUGAUGUAUGUAUAUCUUCUUUGGGUUUGGCUGCAGAUCUUUGCGCUUCUGAGCCAAGAGCACUUGGGUCCUCGAUUCUUUGUACCCAGCAGCUGGGUCCCGCCAGCCUACGACUAUCAUCCAAUUCUCCGUGAGGAUGAAGAAAGCAUGAACCUUCCUAUAGGCUCUGACCAGGUUGCAGACGCGGAUGUUUCCUCGCUACCGGCAAAAACGGGCGGCGAAUCAAAAGAAAAAGGUAAACGUGUAUACGAUUGCACUAUAUGUGCGCAGGAUGUUGAGGUCACUAUCAUACCAACUGGAGUCUCUCAAGACUCACUCACCACGAAUUUGCUUACUCGCCGAACGUACAUGGUCACGCCUUGUCGACACAUCUUUCAUAAGCCUUGUCUCGAAGGCUGGAUGCGCUUCAGGUUACAGUGUCCAAAUUGCCGGGAGGCUCUCCCUCCACUUUAAAGUCUGCAUGUAAAUAGUUAAUACCGCAUACAUAUGGCCCUAAGUCCAAUCUGCAAAUAUGGUAGUGCAUAGUAUUGCACGGGUCAUGCUUACCUGCUUCUGGAUUCUUUUUACUUGAAGUAUCCGGUUCGCUAUGUAUUAGAUGAUUCUGGACUUGAUCCCGUACAGGUUCACAAAUGCUGUAGAUUACUGCUAUGGAGCGUGGAACUAAUUGUAACUACAGUAAAUACAUGUAAGCUUCCCUG